AUGGCGCUCGUUCCGCGCCCCGCUGCGGCCACGUGCCGCAUUCUCGCCGCUCUCAUUUCCAACCACUUCACGCAACCUUCCGCCUCCGCCUCCGCCGCCGCCGGCGCCACCGCCGCCGCCGCCGCCAUUUCCCUUCCCGAGUCGCUCUCCUCCUACUCCAACGUUGCGUUGCUAGACCCGCGCUUCGAGCUCUACUGGACCGUCAACGACAGCGACGCGACCAUUCGCAUGGCGGCUCGGGCCAAAACGGCGGGAUGGCUCGCUAUAGGCCUCUCCGAGAUUGGCUCCAUGGUUGGCUCAGACGCGCUCGUAGCGUGGGUGGCGGAAGCUGGCGGGCGUGUUUAUGGAACGGAUCGGUUCAUCUUUGACACGUCAGGGCCGGUACUGGACGACAAACAGGACUGGCACGUGCUGGGCGGCAGCCAGACCACCAACCAAUCCACGGGUGACACGUGGACCACCGUGCAUGCGUGGCGCCUACUCAACACGGGCGACUGCAACGACCGUCCCAUCAUUACCGGGAAGCUUCAGAACGUCAUCUGGGCGACAGGGACCACGGAUGACGUCAGCUAUCAUGGCUCCACUCGCGGGGGUGCCGCCCUGGUGCUCGCUCCUGCUCCCGGCCCCUCCAUUCUCGACCCCCAAGAACCGCCCUCCACCGCUGCCACUGCAUCUGAUUCGUUCCGAGGGAUGGGGCGUGUGGGCGGGCAGCAGCAGCAGCAGCAGCAGCAAGGGGCCGUGGGGGGGAAGGAAGUUUCCUCUUCGGAGGCUCAUGCGGAGGAGGCGAGGGAUGCUUAA